UAACGCCUCCUCUAUAUCUCAUCCCCUGAUUUUGGCGGCACCAAAACCGCAACCCUCCACUCUUUCCCUCCCUCCCUCUCUCCCUCAUUCACCGGAUUCCACUCUCUCACUCACUCUCUAGAUUUGUUCAAUCUUGUUUUAGCAGUUUCAUUCAAAUCCUACAAAUACCCAUGUUCCUCUUUGAGCUUUUGUAGAACCAUGGCUGACUUUGGCACCUCUCUGUCUCUGUCAAGUCUCUUGUGUCAAGAAGAUGAAGCUUCUUGUUUCAAUCUCACUGAAGAUGACUAUACUUGUUGCAAUGACGUUCACUUUGAUUCUUGUUUUGUUUUAGAGAGUGAAGAGAUUGAAUACAUUGAGAAAUUGGUUGAAAGAGAGACGAGUUCAGGAUCUACAACUUGUAUAAGGUCCUUUGGGGAUUGUUUAACCACCAGUUCUAACUGGUUAAAAUGUGCACGAUUGGAUGCCAUUGAAUGGAUUUUCAAUACACGAGCAAUCUUUGGAUUUCGGUUCCACACAGCUUAUCUUUCAGGGACUUACUUUGACAAGUUUCUUUCUAAAAGGUCCAUUGAUGAUGGGAAAUUGUGGGCUAUUCGAUUACUGGCUGUGGCUUGUUUGUCAUUAGCAGCAAAAAUGGAGGAAUGCAGAGUUCCUCUCUUAUCAGAGUUUCAAGUAGAUGAUUAUUGCUUUGAAAACAAAGUGAUUCAAAGAAUGGAAUUGCUUGUAUUGAAUACCUUGGAGUGGAAAAUGGGUUCAAUCACUCCUUUUUCUUAUCUACAUUACUUCAUUAGUAAAAUCUGUGGUGAAUCUAGACCAAAGGAUACAGUCUCUAGAGCUGUGGAACUUAUCCAGGCACUUAUAAAAGAGAUUAACUUGCUAGAUCAUCAACCAUCUAUUAUUGCAGCAGCAGCAGUAUUAGCUGCAUCUGAUAAUCAAUUAACAAGACAAGAAUUGGAGCACAAGAUGAAAGUAAUUUCAUCAUGGGGUUCUCAAGAAAAUGAGCAUAUAUUUUCCUGUUAUAUUGCAAUGCAGGAAAUAGAAAUGGGAAAAUUUAAGACACCAAAGCAAAUUCUUUCUCCUAAUACAUCAUCAAUGAAUUCUAGCUCAAAUGCUGUUGUUGAGAAUUCUUGCUUAACUACAACUGGAGCUGGCACUAAAAGAAGACUCACAUACAGCGACUGUGAUCAAAAUUGUCCAGUAAAGAAAAUCAGUCAUCAGCCAUAAUCAUAAUCAGUGAAUUUGAUACUACUUAAGGGGGAGUUGAAUUGGGUUCAUUGGUUGAAACAUAGGAUUAUUUUUGGUUUCUUUUUCUAUGAGAACUGAUCAAUUUCUAUAUUAGGUUGGAUUAUAGGUCUAAUGAGUGUUGUUAUAUGGCAAUUAAUGGAAUGAUUUUUGGAGUUGAUGAUUUGGGUUCCAUUUUCCAAUACCCAACAAAAGAAGUUUCAGCCAAGUGACAACCCAAGAACAGGAUAGAGAAAAGGAAAAGUAAAUAAAUAAGAAAGGGAUAGCUUUAACCAACAGUAAGAAGAAAGAAGUUAAAGGAGCUGACUCAAGUCCAAGAGCCAUUAAGGUGGAAGAAAGGCCAAAAAAAUGCCAGAAGAAGGCCACUGAAGACUGUUUUGUUUGUCUAUAGCAUUCUUUGUAUUGUUUGCUUUGAUGAAUAUCCCAACUUUUUUAAGAGGUUGUAUUUUUUUAUCCUCCUUUUUUUCUUUAUUUUAUGUUAAAAUAUUCAAAAUUUUGUGACAAAGAAAUAUGUGUUGAUGUAUACAUCCAUUGCAGCACCCUAGCUUUUGAAAGGGGGCUUGGGAUGCUUCUUAUGUCUUUCAAAAGGCUGAAAGCCAUGAGGAAUGAAGAAUUGUUUUUGUUUGAUUUGAUA